AUGUCAUCUAUUCAAUCUUCUCAAGGAGCAUUGAGUGCUGCUUCAUCAUCUGCGGCAGUUGGUGUGAUUGCUACAUUGCAAGCAAUGAUUAGUAGGUCUACAAACACACCAUUUGGCAACCAGAUAGUACUUGGCAUACAACAGGGCAUUGGUUACUUGUUGAUCGGUACCGGUGUCGCACUCAUGACAUCAUUCGCACGUAACCUCUUUGGUCAAGUCAAACACAGCCUCUUUGUCACCAUCACAGUCGAUAGCAAGGAUAAGACAUUCGAGGCACUGCUACAAUGGAUGUCAAACAACGUCAUAAUCAAACGUGCGACACAACUAAAUGCCGAGACCGUCUACUUUGGCACGGACAAGAACCCUCGUGUAAUCUUUGUACCGUCUGUGGGCAAGCAUCGCAUCAGCUACAAGGGCAAGACAGUGUGGAUCAACAGAAUACGCGAUGCCACCUUUGACAUGGCAUCGGGCGCACCGUUCGAGUCGAUCGAGUUGUCCUCAUUUGGCACCAACACCGCCGUCCUCCAAUCUCUCAUUGACGAAGCGAUGCGUCUGUCGUUGCAGCGCGACGAGGGCAAGACCGUGGUGUACAUCAAUGGAGAGGGCAGCUGGACACGCUUU